AUCAUCAAUAAAAUUUCUGUGUUAAUAUAAAAAGUGGAAAAUUACCAUUAAUGUCGCCUAUAUUUUCUAAAAAUGUAUCUUCAACUGAAUUAUUUUUUCGAACUGUAAAUGGAAAUAAAUUGAAGCUUAUUGAUAAAAGUGUCAAAACUAAAAAUGUUAUGAAAUUUGUUUUAUAUAAAAAUAUACAUUUGAAUGUGAAUAUAACUCUUCUUGUAUUACUUGGAACAAUAGUUUUAUGGAAGACAUUUAAUAUUUUCAUACCAUUUAUUGGAUGUGUACUAAUAUUAAUAUUACAAUUUAUUUCUUUUAUUACUUCUGUAAACAAAGAUACAUUAAUAGUGGUAGAAUCUGUUGGAAUAUAUAUUGAAGGAAAAAGAACAUUUUAUGGUCUCAAUUCUUGUGAAUUUAUUCCUUGGGAUACAGUUGUGGAUAUAUUUAUUAAUGAAGUUAUAAUAGGGCAAAAGGUAUUAUAUUAUCUUACCAUUAUAAUAAGAGAUACAUUUAAUGAAAAAGAUUCAAUAAAAUUAGUUCCUUUAUUUCAAAACUUAAUACCUGAAAGAAAAUGCCUGGAAUAUAUGUACGAAAAACUAGCUGGAUUGAUUGGACCCAAAAAAAAGAAAGUUUAACUUUAACAGUACCUGGUUCAUAUUGGUUGUGUCAUAAGAACAAUAUAUAUAAAUUUGUUUUUAAGUAUCACCGUACGACUAGAAAUGAAAAGCAAUUUAAUUUUGAAAAAGAAUUAAUGAAAAUUAUUAGAAGAAUUAUAAAAAAUCAACCUCCUCGAAAACAACAAUUUUGUACAAGAAAUCUAUUAGUUACUUUCAAUCGUACAUCAUGGACUAGACAAGAUAAAAUAUUUGCAAUGAUGAAAUUGAAAAAACGAUCUCUUGUAGCAUUUUCUCAUGCAUUUAUAUUAACUAUAAAACUGUUUCAUUCUGUAGAAAUGGAACAGAAUUUAUGUAAAAUAACAUCUUCUCCUUCAGAUGAUACUUUAAUAUAUCAAAACGAAAAUUCAAAUAAUACACAUACAUAUAAAAAUAAAAAUGAGAAAAAAGAUAAAAAAUAUUCAAUACAUUCCUCUGAAAAUGAUUAUUCAGAAAAAAAUAAUCAGUAUGAAAAUAUUUUUCAAUUAAAUAAUAAUAUGGUAAAUGAUAAUUUUAAAAAAUUAUCAGUGAAUGAAGAAUCGAAAGAACAAAUAAUGAACCGCAAAGAUACAAAUCAAUUUUAUAAAAAUCAAAAUAUAUCAUUUAAGGAUAAUAAUAUUAUACAUCAAUUAUCAUUAGAAAAAAUUGAUAGAAAAAACAAUGAAUUAUCAGAUGAUAAAAUAAAUGAAGAUAAUAUUCAAAAAAAUUUUAUUGAAUAUAAAGAUGAUUUUAUAAAUAAUACUAAAGUUUUAAAUAAUAAUAGCACUCUUGAUGACAUUAAUGCAGAUUCUGCAAAUUUACCAUAUCAAUAUUUAAUAGAAAAAGAAAUAGAAAAUGCAAAACGAAAUAUUAAAAAAUAUGGAUUAGAAGAAGUAAAUGAAAAAAAUACCACAAAUUACAUACAAGUACCUACAAAUAUUAUCAAAAUGCAAGAGUCAUCUCGUCCUAAAAGAAGAAAAUAUGCAUUAAAUAAUGAAUCACGAUCUUCUGAUAUUACAGAUUUAGUAAUGGAAGGAUUAAUGUUUACAAUUCGUCAAGGGAAAGAUGCUGUAGCAGUUAUAGAACAAAAAACUAAAUUAGAGGUAGAUGAGGUAUUAGAAAAUUCUGAAAAAAUUGAAACAAAAAAAGGUGAAAAAUGUUUACGAAAUUCUAGUUUGCUUGGUUUAGAAAAUUUAAUAACGAUGAUCGAAUUACCAAAAAAAAAUGAAUCCGAAAAUAAAUAUCAAAACGUAAUUAAUCAAGAAUAUACUUUAAGAAAUAAAUCUAUAAAUAAACACAUAUUUAAUAAUACAAAAUAUCCCUUAAUAAAUAAUAAAAUUAAUAAACAAAAUAUUGCAUCUGAAGUAGAACAUACAAAAUGGAAUACUUGUAAUAAUUCUAUUUUAGCUAGUACUAGUUUUUCAUACAAUGAUAAUAGUUUAGGUAUUACAAAUAAAUAUUGCUAUACUAAAACAUAUGAUGAUUAUAAAUGCAAAGAAGAUAUAAAUUUUAUUGUAAAUAAGAAUUUAAAAUAUAAAGAAGAAAAAGAGGAAGAAGAAGAAGACAUAAUACCUGAAGCAUUACAAGAUGCAAUUUUUCAACCUUCUGAUUUAUCUCUUAAAUUAAAUAAAUGUGAAGAUAAAUUACAAUUAAUGUCAAAUAAGGAUUUAUUAAUGGAUGAUAUUGACAAUGAAGAAUUGAAAUCUGAAAUAGGCAAGAAUGAAUUUAAUAAAAAUUCUCAUUUUAAUAAAAGUUCACAUUCUAAAAUAUAUUUAAAGAAUGAUUAUUCAGAUUACAGUUCUUCUGUAAACUCUAUUCUAAGUGAAACACAAAAAUUAUGUAAUAAUACAAUCUAUGAAUCUACAUAUAAAGAUACACGCAAAUUAAGUGUUCCAGUAAUUAUUUCAAAUCAAAUUAUUACUCUGGACCAAAUACCUUUACCUUUACAGAAAAUAUUAAAAAAUAGAUUACCAAUGAAACAAAAUUGCUUAAAUAAUGAAAAUAAAAUAAAUGAAGACAAUAUUGAGAGUUGCAAUAUACAAUUAUGUCAAGUAAAAAAUAAUAUUUCUAAUAUAGAAGAAGAAAAUCGAAGUGCAAAUAGUAAUAUAUUAACAUUACCGAAACAUCAAAAAUCUAUAAAAAAAGAUAAUAAAGAAGUAUAUGAUAAAAAUACUUUAUCUCCAAUAUUAAAAAAGGAAAUGAAAGAAAUAAAAUAUUCUGAUAUUGUAAAAAAUAAUGUAAAAAAAGAAUUAAAAGAACAAAAAAAUUGCAUUGAUAAAACAAAAUUGCCAUUAGUCAAAAUAAAGGAUAUAACACAAGAAUUUUAUAAAGAUCUUUCAUAUUUGCAAAAAAAGAAAAAUUUAACAAAUCAAAAGUAUCUCAGAUCAAGAAGGAAAUCAUUAAUAUUAAAUGAUGCUCAUAAUGAUGAAAUGCAUAUACAAAUGGUUAAAUUUUUUCAAGAUAUUACAAGAGGUGCCAAGGUUGUUAUAAGGCGCAUAAAUAUAAAUAAAUAUUCAUAGUUUAAAUAUAAAAUGUUAGUAAAAUAUUAAUAUAAUGUUAGUAAAAUAAUUUUUAAAAAUAGAAAUAUAAAAAACUUUAAAAUAUUUUAAUUUAUAAUUUUAAAAUUUUACAGUAUAUUUAGAAUUUUUUGUACAUGUAUUUCAUUUAAUAAAUAUAAAUAAUAAAUAAAUGUAUAUUAUUUAAAAUAA